UGUGGACUUUGACCAGACCGCCUCAAAUAUGACUGCGGACCGUCUGAAGACCAUAACAGACUGUUGACAAAGAUCAGGCCUGUGCGGCAUCUGUUGUCUUAGGUGUUGAGUGUUUGAGUGCUGGGAUUCCAUUCACGAGGGGAAAGGUUAGAAGUGUUGUUGGUGUGACCUGAGUUAAUUGUCUCACCCAUGACCUCCUUAAUCCACAGAGAAACUUGCUAGAGGAAGAUUCUGAUGAAGAGGAAGACUUCUUCCUGAGAGGACCCACAGGACCAAGAUUUGGGGCAAAAAAUGACAAAAUCAGAAACGUGCAGUCGCAGGUUGAUGAGGUCAUCGAUGUCAUGCAGGAGAACAUCUCCAAGGUUAUUGAGAGGGGCGAACGUCUGGACGACCUGCAGGACAAAUCAGAGAGCCUGUCGGAUAAUGCCUCAGCCUUCAGCAGCCGCGCCAAGCAGCUUCACAGGAGGAUGUGGUGGAGAGACGUGAAGAUGAAGGCAAUAAUUGCUCUGGUUGUGGUGGUGCUACUGCUCAUUAUUAUCGUACCUGUGAUCCUGCGGUAUCGCUAGAAGUCUCCAGUCUCUCCUGGCUGCACUCACUCCUCCACACCAGCGUGAGGCGCGCACACACACACACACACACACACACACACACACACACACACACACACACACACACACACACACAUACCUAGCUGCUCUGCCCACUGGGCUAACCAGCUCAGGGCCAGAUCCAGGGUCCAGCUCUCUGUGUGUGUGCAGCCCCCCCCAUGUAUACUGAAUAUAUUUCAUCUGAACAUAUCAGUAAGCAAAUACACACACACACACACACACACACACACACACACACACACACACACACACACACACACACACACACACACACAUAGAUUCUUCACUUGAAGACUGUCUGCGGUCAAUCAGGCCAGUUGGUGCCUGCUUUCCUCAUCACAGGUGCUCUUCUCAGCCAUCUUAAAAAAAAGUCUUACUCAUCGUUGGAAACGUUUCCUGGUCACAUGAACAGGAGUCAUUUGAAGUAUGCUUACCAGAACUGUGAAUCAGAUAUAAUGUUAGAGCCCAUACUUAUUCUGAAUAUACUCAAGCACACCACACACACACACACAGAUACGUGUUGCUUAAGGAAUUGGUUAUAGUUUUGUUUCCAUCGAGUUAAGUAAAUGGAAAACCACAAUUCAAGUAAUUUGUACAUAGUUUUGGUUAAGAUUAUGAUGAAUGAAAUACAUGUGACACCAGAUAAGAGGGCCUGGGUGGGUGUCUGUAUGUAACCUGCAUCAACUUGGUUUAAAAUCUCACAUAAAAUAUAUACAGUUCUAGGGAUUCAAGUAAGUAACGCUUUUAAAUAUGUGCUGCUAUUACCAUCCACAAUGACCGGGACAAAUGUAAUUGGGGAAAUGUGGGGUCUUGACCAUGGCUGUUACUUGUAAGUGUGCUUUGUUUAUGUUAGGAAGGGACUUCUUUUUGCAACUUGCAUCUUAAGUGGAGAGAGUCAUCAAAACUGGACUUUAUUGUGUGGUUUUACAGUUUGAUAUAAGCAUUAAUUGGUUAUAAUUUGGAUGGUUUAAUCACAGAUUAAGUUUAGUCAGUCAGCAUUUAUGGGCUGGGAUUCACACAUCUGUAUAUUAGGACCAUACUGAUAUUGUUUUUUUCUUUGUUAUUUUCAGAUUAUUAUUAUGAUUUAUGUUAUUAUUAUUAUUAUUAUUAUUAUUAAUAUUAUUAUUUGUAUUUAAUUUAAUGUAAAUACUUUUAAGUUGAUGUAAAUAUUCAUUCCAUAGACGAAGACUCAACAAUGUAACAUUUGCCGACUGUGAACUACUUGACCGAUUUCUUUGAAAUAAAGUAAUUUUAAAAGGG